AUGGCGUCGUCGUCAUCAAACGUCGUCGGCGUGCACUAUCGCGUCGGCAAGAAGAUUGGAGAGGGAUCGUUCGGAGUCAUCUUCGAAGGCACCAAUCUCCUUAACAACCAGCAGGUCGCCAUCAAAUUUGAACCCAGAAAAAGCGACGCUCCACAAUUACGCGAUGAAUACAGAACAUACAAGAUCCUCGUUGGGUGCCCUGGCAUACCCAAUGUAUAUUAUUUCGGCCAGGAAGGUCUGCACAACAUCCUCGUCAUCGACCUUCUCGGACCCAGCCUGGAAGACUUGUUCGACCACUGCAACCGUCGGUUCUCCAUCAAGACGGUAGUCAUGGUUGCAAAGCAAAUGCUCUCACGCGUCCAGACGAUCCACGAAAAGAACCUCAUCUACCGUGACAUCAAGCCCGACAACUUCCUCAUCGGUCGGCCAAACUCGAAAGCGGCUAACGUUAUCCACGUCGUCGACUUCGGCAUGGCCAAGCAAUACCGUGAUCCCAAAACAAAACAGCAUAUUCCCUAUCGUGAGAGAAAAUCGCUAUCCGGUACGGCCAGAUACAUGAGCAUCAAUACCCAUCUCGGACGCGAACAAUCCCGGCGAGACGACCUCGAAGCUCUUGGUCACGUUUUCAUGUACUUCCUCCGUGGCGGACUUCCAUGGCAAGGUCUCAAAGCUGCAACGAACAAGCAGAAAUAUGAGAAGAUCGGCGAGAAGAAGCAGACAACCGCCAUCAAGGAUCUUUGCGAGGGCUUUCCUGAGGAAUUCAACAAAUACCUCAGCUACGUCCGCAACCUCGGCUUUGAAGACACGCCCGACUACGACUUCCUACGCGAUCUCUUUACGCAAGCACUCAAGAAUACUGGCGAGGUCGAGGAUGGCGAGUACGAUUGGAUGAAGCUGAAUGGCGGUCGUGGCUGGGAAGCUGUUAAAGCACACCCGUCUGCUGCACACGGACUACACAACCCUAAUGCACCACAGGAUGCGUCCGCUCGUGCUCUUCACGGUGCUGCUGGAGCUCAGGGUUGA